CACUGAUCUCAAACUCAACGAUCUAACAGCUGAUCGUGAUCAAGCCGUUUUUUCGUAUUAGCUUGAUAGAUAUAAAAAAUUCUUAUUGAUAAUUUGUUUGAUAAUUUAGUUUUUUUUCUAUGAAUUAUUUGAGUUUUGCAAAUUUAAUUUCGUAUAAGAUUAGAAGAUAAGAAAAAUUAUACAAACCAUACAAACUAAUUCUUGAAAAGUGAGGUUAUGUGUCCACAAUGGGACAUUUCACCAUUAAAUUUUUUUUUGUUAUGAAUAAGUAUAUGUGGGCAUAGAGUGCCAACGUGAAGAUGGAUGAUGUCAUAUUUAUGUUGUAAAUAAGUCGUUAGAAUAAUGCAUUGAUUCUUUAAAGAAUUUUGUUAUGAGCAUGGACCCAGUGAAGCACAAAAUUUGUAUGGUUUCGGACUUUUUUUACCCCAAUAUGGGAGGCGUGGAACAGCAUAUUUUUAAUUUGUCCCAGUGUUUGAUUCAAAGGGGCCAUAAAGUUGUUAUCAUGACACAUGCAUAUGGAGAUAGAAUAGGAAUUCGUUACAUGACAAACGGCCUGAAAGUUUAUUAUUUGCCUAUAAAGGUAUUUUACAACCAAUGUAUUCUUCCAACAAUGGUCUGUUCCAUUCCUUUGAUAAGAUAUAUUUUUUUACGUGAACAAAUUGAAAUAAUUCACGGCCAUUCUGCAUUUUCUGCUCUGGCCCAUGAAGGAAUGUUGAUCGGUAGAUUACUAGGGUUAAAGACUGUUUUCACAGAUCAUUCCUUGUUCGGUUUUGCGGACGCUUCUGCGAUUUUGACGAACAAAUGCUUAGAGAUUUCUUUAGCGGAUUGCAAUCAUUGUAUAUGCGUGUCACAUACGGGUAAAGAAAAUACUGUAAUGAGAGCUAAGGUUCAUAGAGAAAGAGUUUCAGUGAUUCCAAAUGCCGUAGAUACGGCGCUUUUUACUCCUGACAUUCGCCAAAGAAGUAAAGACUGCAUCACAGUCGUCGUAGUAUCUCGAUUAGUCUACCGCAAAGGCGUUGAUCUUUUAGCACAAGUAAUUCCUCAGAUCUGUGCACGUCAUCGAGAUGUAAAUUUUCUGAUUGGAGGCGAUGGACCAAAGAGAUGGCUAAUAGAGGAAAUAAGAGAAAGAAAUUUAUUACAACAUAGAGUUACUUUGCUAGGAAGUUUAGAACAUUCUCAAGUGAAGCAUGUUUUAAAUAAAGGGCAUGUAUUUUUAAACACGAGCCUGACUGAAGCCUUCUGCAUGGCCAUAGUCGAAGCUGCUUCUUGUGGUCUACAAGUGGUGACGACAAAAGUAGGAGGAAUUCCAGAAGUAUUACCUCCAGAUUUAAUUUACCUCGUCGACCCCACAGUUCCGGCCUUAGUCGAAGGUUUAGAAAAUGCUCUAGCAGAUUACAAAACAGAAAAAAAGAUGUGCCCUUAUAGGGUUCACAAAAGAAUAGAAUCUUUUUACAAUUGGUUCAACGUUACAAAGCGAACUGAAGUCGUUUACGACUUAGUUUUGAAGGAAGAAAAGAAGAAUUUGGGACAACAACUGGCAAGUUAUUUAAAAAGCGGCGUGCUUCCUUAUCUUCUAGUCGUUUCAAUUUGCUACAUAGUUUUACAAGUAUUGGAAUACUUAGUUCCCAGGAAGUAUAUUGAUUUAGCGAUUGACUACAGAGGGAAAAAAUCCAAAGAUCGCAGCAAAAACUCUGAAGAAAGAAACUCCAAAAAGCAUAAUUAAAGAAAUUAUAGUAUUGUGAAUUAAUAUUAAUUCAAACAUCUGCCAAAGGUCAUUCAACUUUAACUCUAUCUUUAUUAAACUUUGUUACUUUUUGUAAUGACUUCGAUAAUUAUCGUGAAACUGUCAACAGUAUUUUUUACAGUAAUGUCGUUCAUGUAUUUAUAAAUUUUUAAUCGAACCAAGGCCACAGGCGAACCAAACUACUAGAAAGUACAACUUAACAAUAAGUUUAUAUAUUUAUACUUUCUAUUUUUAAAUUUAUACAUAGAUUAUUUAUGAAAAAAUUUAGUUUUUUUAAAGAUCUCAGUUACCAGUGAUUUACAAUGCAAAUAUAAUCAAAUAAUAAAUGUACAUAAAGCAAAUUAAGUUACAAAGUUUUAAGUACAAAUUGAGAAUUAUCGAUGAAAUGUAUUUUUAUACAAAUAUUCCAAUCUUGUUAACUUCAGAAUGUCCAUACUAAGUCUUACCUGAAUAGCGUAAGUGAAUCUAAAUUAUAAGUUACCAGUGUUCAGUUGAAACGCGAGACUUUCGAAUUGUCAUUUUUGAGUAAUGGUAAAACUUUAUAAUUAAAAAGGUUCGGAAACGGUAAUAAAGAACAAACAUAAUAUUAUUAUCAA